AUACUGAAGGAUGCAACCGUAUUGACCUCAUUAUUGAAAAAUAUUAGGGCUGUCUCCAGCAGCUGUGAGUCAAGACCUUGUCAUGAAAACAUGCAAAAGCGCAGACAGAGUUGAUCGAGUUCUUUCUUAGCAAAUUGUUGUUGUCAUGUCAUGCUCACAUGCUGGAAUCUCUUAUGAAGCUAGCAGAAACGCCUAUCCUCUUAUAUUGCAACAUUUUACUGAUUGCUAAGGAUAUUAUUGUAUCAGAAAUUGGAGUUACAAAAGAAGACGAAAGAAGCCAAAAUCGCGCUUGAUUGAUUGGAUUUUCUACUUUUUAAUUUAUCUACGGAAGAUGGUGCAUAACGACAUUGAGGAUAUGUUAGAUCACUUGAGAAGGAUUAAGAGUCGAGGUGAUAUGAAUGUUGUCAAGAUUGAGACACUUGAAAUGGAGCUAAGAUUUUUGAGAACCUUUAUCAAGUACCCUCAUGCUCUUUUGCCUGAUUCUUUAGUAGAAAUCAGAAAGAAGGCCAAAUUGAUUGUGGAAAUGCUUCACUCGGUUUUUGGUGGAAUUUCAGGUGAAUACAAAACUAGUCUUAAUGUGGAAAGGCUAGUAUCAGAGUUGCAGGAAUUCAGUGAAGAUAGCGGUACCAGUUUAAUAUACAACGUUGAACUGAAUGAUUCGUAUAUGUUGGAAUAUAUGGAUUACCUUGACCAGAAUCUAAAUGAUGCACCGAGGUACUUGGUUCGAUCUGUCGCUUUUUUCGCGGAAAAAAUCAAUAUCCUACAGAAGACAGAUAGAUACUUAAGGAAAGUCAAAGUCAUUCAAAACAAAAUAAGGUUUAUAAGAUACUUAUAUGGUGCAGAGAUAAAUGGUAAUUAUGUCGACCGUGAGAAGUUGGAAGGUAUGCAGGCUCGGAUACAGUUCAUGGCUGACAAUGUUCGACAGUUCUGUCUUGAUCUUUGGGUGAAAGAGGAUGGAGAUGAUACAUCUAAUAUCGAGAGUGAGCCUCAUUAUCUAUUAUGCUUGGUUAUGAUAUUGGAGAUGGAAAUGAAAAAGAUUUUUCUCAGUGAACUAAAGGCGUCAAAGUUUACUCAAUCAAGAACUUUCAAGGACAAGAAAUUACCAAAAGGAUUUUCAUAUCAACUCCACUGUCUUCUGGUGUAUCUUAGAGAUAAAAAGCUUGAUAACUUUCCCCCUAUUGUCUCUGCUCGAAACAUUGAUGUGGCAAUAGAGUUCAUGUUAGUUUUUCUCGGCGAUAUACCAAAUCAUGUUAUUAAUGGUAAUAGGUUGAAUGAACUCUUAGAAAAGGUUGGAGUUCUUGCCGGCGACAUACUUUGUGUAAUUCAAAUGCAGCUUCUUUCAGGAUCGACAAUCAAAGAUGAUGCGAGCAAGAUUGAUCUUGGCACGAUACAGAUAUUAGAGAAAAUUGAAGAUCUAAAGGCACAAGUGGAAGAGAGGUACUACAGAUCCGUUAUAUACAGACCAUCUCAGUUUCCGACAGUUGGUGGAUUGAGCUUUCUGGAUUCUCUCCUAAGGAAAUUGAAUGAGAUGUUGAAAUCUGAAUCAGGUUUAGAUUUCAUGUUGAAGCCUUAUAUUGUCAUUUUAGAGAAAGAGCUCUCAUAUCUAACAUCUGUUUUCAGAAAUGUUGCAAAGGUGCAGCAUGAACAUGAAAUUCUUAAAGAUCUUCAGAGGCGUACUAUCAAUUUGGCAUAUGAAGCUGAAGUUUCCAUUGACUCUAUACUUGCUCAGUGUAAUGCUCUUUGGUAUCUUUUUUGCUCACUUCCUGCAAUCGUAAAAGAGAUCAAGAAUAUUCGUGAGAAGGUGACUGAGAUGAGGUUUAAGAACCUCCUUUCUCUUAAGCCCUGCUCUGUGAUAGAUCCAUCUAAGCAUCUGCCAAUUCAACAUAGCAAUCUUAGGUAUGAUGAGGAGAUAGUGGGCUUUGAGAAUGACACAAAAAAUAUACUUCGGCUUCUGAUUCGAGGAACAAAUGAGCUAGAUGUCAUCCCAAUUGUUGGGAUGGGAGGACAAGGUAAAACUACGAUUGCUAGAAAGGUGUAUAAUAAUGACAACGUCAUCUCUCAUUUUGAUGUUCAAGCAUGGUGCAUCAUUUCCCAAAUACAUAACCGGAGAGAGCUGUUACAAGAGAUUUUCAGUCAAGUUACCGGGUCCAAGUACAAGGUUGAUGAGGUUGGCGAACUUGCUGACCUAUUGAGGAAAAGCUUAGUGGGAAAGAGAUACCUCAUUGUCUUGGAUGAUAUAUGGGAUGGUAUGGCGUGGGAUGACUUAAGAUUGUCUUUCCCAGAUGGUAGAAAUGGAAGUAGAAUAGUAGUGACAACUCGACUUGACAAAGUGGGUGAGGAUGUCAAGCACCAUAGUGAUCCGUAUUUCCUUCCAUUCCUCACACCCGAAGAGAGUAGGGAAUUGUUGCAGAAAAAAGUGUUUCAAAAUGAAGCUUGCCCACCUGAACUAGACGAUGUGAGUCUAGAUGUUGCAAGAAGAUGCAAAGGGCUGCCACUAGUGGUUGUCUUGGCAUCUGGAAUAAUUAAAAAGAAGAAAACGGAAGAAUUUUGGUGGCAUGAGGUUAAAGAUGCUCUAUUUUCCUAUCUUGAUUGUGAGACUGAAGACUAUAGUCGGGAAACUAUGCAGUUAAGUUAUGAUAACUUACCCGAUUAUUUAAAGCCUUGCUUUCUUUACAUGGGGAUGUUUCCAGAGGACGCAAGAAUUCGAGUGUCUAAAUUGAUAAGUUUAUGGAUCGCGGAGGGUUUCGUGCAGAACAUUGAAUCUGAGAGAUUAAUGGAAGAGACAGCUGAAGGUUACUUGAUGGAUCUCAUUAGCAGUAACGUUGUAAUGGUUUCAAAGAGAAGAUAUAACGGUAAAGUCAAAUACUGCCAGCUUCAUGAUGUAGCGCUUCACUUUUGCUUGGAGAGGAGUAGACAAGAAACGUUUAUGUUGGCAGUGAAGGAGCAUUAUAGAGACUUUCAAACUUCCAUUUGGAAGGAAAGUCGAGUGAGCUUCAGUUUCAGUACUGAGCUUUCUGAGAUUGCAUUACUAGGCUCUAGAACGCGGAAGCCUUUCCACCAACAUGUGAGAUCACUUAUGACCAAUGGAACAGAAUUCUUAGAUUGGAAUCCCUUCCGUCAGGUUAGUGAGUUGAGACUUCUUAAGGUCCUGAAUUUGAGUUCUCAUUUAGUGAUUGCUUUGUCGUCAGCUACACUGAAACCACUAAUUCACCUGAAGUACCUUGCAGUUUUCACAUGUGAAUUUGAUUUUCAUCCAGAAUCACAUUUUCCCCAUCUAGAAACUUUAAUUGUGAAGCGUUUUUCAGCGAGUAUCAUAUCUUCAGUGUUACCGACUUUUUGGAAGAUGGAAAAAUUAAGGCUUGUUGAGAUUACCAAUGCUGUUUUUCAUUUGGAUAACGAUAAGCACCGGAUCUUUGAAGAAUCCCCUAAAUUGGUAAAUUUGAGGACAUUAAGGCGAGUUAAAUUUCCAAUUGGUGAUACUGAUAGAGUGGAUAUGUUAUUACAGAGGUGUCCUAAUCUUCAAAAACUUGACAUCAUUAUUUCAGGCUGUAAAAAUUCUUCAAGGAUAUGUCCCAGAUUGGAGAAUCUUACUCAGCUUCAAAUACUGCGCCUUUCCUUUCACCCGUACCAAAGGAUAUCCAAGUUACACUUGCCUUCAAAUAUAAAGAAGCUGGUACUAAGCGGUACCCUUACAGAAAGUGCGAUUUGUUUCAUUGCGGGACUAUCAAGUCUGGAGUAUCUCCAUUUAGUGGAUUUUUAUUAUGAGUCGGAAGAGUGGUGCCUUGGAGAUACGACGUUCCAUAAACUUAAGUUCUUGAAACUGGAGGAAUUAUAUGUCUCAAAGUGGGAUGCCUCAGAGGAAUCUUUUCCCCAGCUAGAAACACUUGUUAUAAAACAGUGUGAAUAUCUCGAGGAGAUCCCCCUUAGCUUUGCAUAUAUUCAAACACUGAAACAGAUUAAGUUGAUAUGGUGCAACAACAAUAAAUCUCUGGUGGCUUCAGCUGUGAGAAUUAAGGAAGAAGUCGAAGAGAAUGAAGCAACGGACCGUAUUGACCUCAUUAUCAAAAAACAUGAGGGCUAUCUCUGGCAGUUGUGAGUCAAGUUCACAAAAACAUGGUUGAUCUCAAACUAACGACGGUGUGUUUUUGUUUGGGAAUUGCUAAGAUACCUGCAGCAAAAGCACAGACAGAGUUGAUGGAGUUCUUUCUUAGCAAAUUGUUGUAGUCAUGUCAUGCUCUCAUGCUGGAAUCUCUUAUGAAGCUAGCAGAAACGCCUAUCCUCUUAUUUUGCGACACUUUACUGAUUGCUAAGGUUGUCUUUUGAUUGAUCAAUAUAGACUUUGAAUAAUUUUGUCAUGUUCCUCUUUUUCUGUAUGUUUCAUGUAGUUCUUCACUGUGAUAUCUUGAUGCCCUCUGUAAACAUCAUGUAUUUCUUAUGAAGUAAUAUAAUUUUAGAA